CCUAAGAGAAGAAACUGAGGGAAAUUAAAGAAAAGAUUUAGGAAAUAGUGGGAAAAUAAUCAGAUUCUGGCAUUCUGGCACACUGCUCCUACACGUGGUCAGGAGCUGGAAGGUUGGAAAGUUCAGUGACACAUUUGGUCAUAAAUACCAGAUAAAAGGGCAACGUGACAUUUCAUACUAAGCUCUACACAAGCUAGAUAUCAUAUCUUGAUUAAUUAUUUAGGAGUUGGUAUAUUAUUUUUGAUUAAAAGUAGAAACUGAGGAGUCUAGAGAGAGAUGACAUCUAAUUUGCUACAUGGAGACUACAAAUGGAAAACAUAAUUUGUAAAGAAAGAAUGCCGUGUCCUGAUUGGCUGAGAUCAUAGAUAGAAUGUGCAGCUGAGGUCAGGCUAGCUCCAAAGGAGCAAUCUCUCAGACUGUAAAGUAAAGAGGCAUAUCUACACCAGGAAGAUGUCGUUGAGAAUAUCUAUCAUCUUACUGACCUGCGUCAUAGAAUCUGUCUGGAGUUUCCCUGCACAGGUGACCAUGCCAGCACUUGCAGAUGGCAUAACAGCUUCUAAAGAAAUUCUGGAAGAAAAUAAGAAAUCUGGCCCAGGUAAUAAAAAGCCUGAAAGUUCUGUGGAUGUCUUUACUCAGAUAGCUGAGGCAAACAAAGGAAAUAUGGCGCUUACAGAAGGGGGUGACAUUCUCAUAAACAUAGGCCGUAGUGCUACCAGCUCAGACUAUCUGUGGCCUAAGUCUGCUGAUGGGACUGUGGUGGUGCCAUACAUCUUCUCUUACAACUACAGUGCUGAUGAGUUAACUCUGUUUAAGACGGCCAUGCAGGAGUUUGAAACCUUAACCUGUGUGAGAUUUGUACCUAAGACAAUACAAAGGGAUUUCCUCAACAUCGUGUCUAAUGGCGGCUGUUUAUCGAUGGUUGGAAGAAAUGGAGGAGGUCAGAAGGUUGAGCUGGCUUCAUAUGGCUGUAUGAGCAGAGGAGUUAUCCAGCAUGAACUGAACCAUGCCCUAGGCUUCUACCAUGAGCAUAUGAGGAGUGAUCGGGAUGACUAUGUCACUAUUAUCACUGAAAAUAUCAUACCAAGCUAUGAGAAUUAUUUCAGCAAACGCAAAACCAAUAACAUGGGAAUAAUAUAUGACUAUAAUUCAGUGAUGCAUUAUUCACGCAAUACAUUUAGUAUCAGCCCAGAUAAAAGCACCAUUGUCCCCAAGCCUGACCCAUCAAUUCCCAUUGGACAAAGGGAUGGACUGAGUAUUCUGGAUAUUUUGAAAAUUAAAAAGCUGUAUCAGUGUGAUGUGUGCGCUAUUCUGCUCCCUGAUGACAAUGGGACUCUGACUUCUGCCAACUACCCAUCUAUAUACCCUAAUAAUGCCAGCUGUGUUUGGUUAAUAAGAAACCCAUCAGGACAGGUGACCCUGCAAUUCAACAUUUUUGAUAUCCAAUCAUCCCCAGGCUGUGUCUCUGACUACAUUAAGAUCUAUGAUGGUCCCAGUAAGACGUCCCCUGUGUUAGUGGACAGGGCAUGUGGUACAGGACUGAUCCCUAUACUGAUUGCCUCCACUAACCAGAUGCUGGUUGAGUUUGUCAGUGAUGGAGCAGUUACUGGGGCUGGCUUCAAAGCAACAUACGGCUCAGUUCAAUGUGGUGGAGCUUUCUACGCCUCAAAUAAAACCUUCACUACUCCUGGCUACCCUGGAAAUUACUAUUCUGACCUUGACUGCACCUGGACAAUCACAGCUCCUACUGGAUACAAGGUAUCCCUGCAAAUUAAAGACUUUUACCUUGAGAUUGGAAUUUUCUGCAUAUAUGACUAUCUAUAUAUUUACAACUCAACCCUUAGUAACGUUAUGGGGCCUUACUGUGGCCCUAUAAUCUUCUAUGAUCCCUUUUUGUCUACAGGAAAUGUUAUGACUCUCAAGUUCCACAGUGAUAUUAACAAGGAGACUAAAGGAUUUAGUGCUACUUAUACUUUUGUGCCAGAAAAAAAAGGAAUUGGAAAGAAAGAGGAAACUAAUGCCACGGCUCCUGCCUUGUAUAUAAAAUAUGCCUAAAAAGAUAUUAUUUCAUCUACUUUUAUAAUUACGGAUGCAACAAAUCCAGAAUUCAAUCUGAUUUGGAUGAACUUUAGCACUUUUUGCAGGAUUUGGAUUUUGGAUAGUUUCAUUUGAAAGGGGACCUGUCACCCUAAUUCUAAAUUCCAUUUAAUUCUAAAUUUUAUUCUAUUAGGUUAAUUGAGCAAAAUAAACUUCACUUAGGGGCACAUUUAUCAAAGUCUGAAUGAGUACGAAUGAGAAA